GGCUAUGGGGUUAGUGGUCUUGGGGGUCUUCCUAGGGCUAAGAGCUUCAGAGGGUCUCCUGGGGGCUACAGGAUUGGAGUCCCUGCAGGGCUAUGAGUUGAGCUGUCCCCAGAUGGCCAUGGGGCUGUUCCUGCCAGCUGUGCUGCGGGGAGACGCGUCUCUGGGGUCUCCCUGUGGCAGUGGGGUGUGGCAGAGCAUCAAGGAUUCCCACACACACAACUACAGGGCAGGGGCUCCCCAGUGUGCCCCCUCCAUGGCUGUCCCCACGGUUCCAGGCUCGGGGAUCCCUGAGAUGAAGACCAUCCUGCGGGGCGUUGUGCUGAAGGAGUACCUCACCCUCAAGACCUUCGUGGCCAAGGUGAUCGGGCUGACGUGUGCCCUGGGCAGCGGCAUGCCCCUGGGCAAGGAGGGUCCAUUUGUCCACAUUGCCAGCAUGUGCGCAGCCCUGCUCAGCCGCUUCCUCUCCCUCUUUGGGGGCAUCUACGAGAAUGAGUCGAGGAACAUCGAAAUGCUGGCUGCUGCCUGCGCCGUCGGUGUCGGCUGCUGCUUCGCUGCCCCCAUCGGAGGUGUCCUCUUCAGCAUCGAGGUGACCUCCACCUUCUUUGCCGUCCGCAACUACUGGCGCGGCUUCUUUGCUGCCACCUUCAGUGCCUUCAUCUUCCGCGUCCUCGCCGUCUGGAACAAGGAUGAAGAGACAAUCACGGCGCUGUUCAAAACCCGCUUCCGCCUCGACUUCCCCUUUGACCUGCAGGAGCUGCCCGCCUUCGCUGUCAUCGGGAUCGCCAGUGGCUUCGGGGGCGCGCUCUUCGUCUACCUCAACCGCAAGAUUGUGCAGUUCAUGCGCCGCCAGAAGACCAUCAACCGCUUCCUCAUGAAGAAGCGCCUGCUCUUUCCUGCCCUGGUGACGCUGCUCAUCGCAACGCUGACCUUCCCGCCCGGCUUUGGACAGUUCAUGGCCGGUCAGCUCACCCAGAAGGACACCCUGGUGACACUCUUCGACAACCAGACGUGGGCCAAGCAGGGGCUCAGCGAUGAGUUUGAAUAUUUGGGCAUCCUGGAGGCCUGGCGCCACCCCCGCUCCAAUGUCUUUGUCACCCUCGUCGUCUUCAUCCUUAUGAAGUUCUGGAUGUCAGCCUUGGCCACCACCAUCCCAGUGCCCUGCGGAGCCUUCAUGCCUGUCUUUGUCAUCGGGGCAGCCUUUGGGCGCCUGGUGGGGGAGAGCAUGGCAGCCUGGUUCCCCGAUGGCAUCCACACCGACAGCAACACCUACCGCAUCGUGCCAGGGGGCUACGCCGUGGUGGGGGCGGCUGCACUGUCGGGCGCUGUCACCCACACGGUGUCCACGGCUGUCAUCGUCUUCGAGCUGACGGGGCAGAUCUCGCACAUCCUGCCUGUCAUGAUCGCCGUCAUCCUGGCCAACGCCGUGGCCCAGAGCCUCCAGCCCUCCCUCUAUGACAGCAUCAUCCGCAUCAAGAAGCUGCCCUACCUCCCUGAGCUGGGCUGGGGCCACCACGAGAAAUACAACGUGCGGGUGGAGAACAUCAUGGUGAGGGACAUCCGCUACAUCACCCUCAACUGCAAGUACCGGGACCUGCAGCACGUCCUGGUCAGCACCAAGAUGAAGAGUUUGCCACUGGUGGAGUCGGCCGAGUCCAUGAUCCUGCUGGGCUCCAUCGAGCGGGCGCAGGUGGGGGCCCUGCUCAGCCACCAGCUCAGCCCCCAGCGCCGGCUCCAGGCCCUGCGGCAGAAGGCGCUGGCCGAGGACGGGCACCAGCUCUCCGAUGCCAGCAUCCGCUUCCAGGUGAGGGGGGCAGCCGCCUCAGGGGAUGCCUGGCCAGGGUGCCCCCCGCCACCAUCUCCCCACCACCCCGUC